GCAGUGAGAACCAGCAAGUCCAGAAAAGUGUUCUAUCGCUACUGUGAACGAAAAAAAAAGUAACAGGUAAAUGACUAUCUAAGGGGAUUUUAAGCAGGUGGAACCUCACAUAUUUGAUGCUAGAAACAAUGAGUGAAAAGGGUAGUGUACGGCUAUAUUUGUUUUUAAUGUUAAUAGUGCAUAGAUCCUGCAAGUCUUUUAAAUGGAAAUGUUUUUCUCGUGUUACAAGAAAAGAAAGACCACAGCAUAAUGUUAAGCUAUUGUUUUUUGUGUGAAAACAUCUGGCCAAACUAGCUAGCGAACGUUAAUAUCAUAGUUAACUAGUAACUAGUGACAUAGUAUAUUGUUUAAAAUCCCCUGAGAUAGUCGUCACUUACCUGCUAGCGAUCUUUGGCGAUACAGGGCUUGUUGAUGAAUAAAUGAACACACUUGUGGGCGGGGUUGCCUCGGAGCAACCCCGCCCCAGAGAACAGUUCUGCAGUUACCCGGCAUGCUUGUGCGAUAAGUAUUUCUAAGAUGGCGACCGUGCAUUUGAGAAUCGGAGAUUUGGUUUGGGGGAAGCUGGGACGGUAUCCACCUUGGCCAGGGAAGGUCGUAAGCCCUCCAAAGGACUUGAAGAAGCCAAGAGGCAAAAAAUGUUUUUUUGUGAAAUUCUUUGGAACUGAAGAUCACGCCUGGAUAAAAGUGGAACAGCUGAAGCCUUACCACCCCCACAAGGAGGAAAUGAUUAAGAUCAACAAAGGGAAGCGCUUCCAACAGGCGGUGGAUGCAGUGGAGGAGUUUCUGAAGAAGUCUAAAGGAAAAGAACAGGGAUCCCAUAAUUCUGAAGACAAAAGCAAGUCGGCCGUGUUUGAAGUGAAAGGCCGAAAGAAUUCUGGGAAAGCUGUGAAACUGCGUACGGAAGAGGAGGAUGACCCGGGUGUGCACAGAGGAGGCGACAAGGAUUUAUCUGACUCUGACCCCGAGCCUUCCUCUGUUGAACGGCUGGUGCCUGGGACAGUCACAGGAUUCAAAUGGGACAGCAGUCCAGUAAAGGAUGACCCUCAUUUCCAUCACUUUCUGCUCAGCCGGUCUGAGAAGCCUGGUUCAUCGAUGGAGCCCAUCAGCAAAAGGCUGAAGAUUAUUGAGGAGGAUGCGGGAUCGACUUCUAUCCAAGCAGCAGACAGCACAGCCAUCAAUGGCAGCGUAACCCCCACCGAUAAACGGAUAGGAUUCCUUGGACUGGGUCUCAUGGGAAGCGGAAUAGUUUCGAACCUGUUAAAGAUGGGCCACAUUGUGACUGUAUGGAACCGCACGGCCGAAAAGUGCGACCUGUUCAUCCAGGACGGUGCCCGGCUUGGCCGGACCCCGGCGGAGGUGGUGUCCAUGUGUGACAUCACCUUUUCCUGCGUUUCAGAUCCAAAGGCAGCCCAGGAUUUGGUCCUGGGGCCCAGUGGCGUCCUGCAGGGGAUCAGGCCAGGGAAAUGCUACGUGGAAAUGUCCACGGUGGACCCAGAGACUAUCACAGAGCUAUCUCGGGUCAUCACGUCCCGAGGAGGCCGUUUCCUGGAGGCCCCAGUGUCCGGGAGCCAGCAGCUGUCCAACGACGGGAUGCUGGUUAUUUUGGCCGCCGGAGACCGGAGCGUGUACGAAGACUGCAGCAGCUGCUUCCAAGCCAUGGGGAAGACCUCGUUCUUCCUCGGUGAAGCGGGCAACGCUGCGAAGAUGAUGCUGGUCCUGAACAUGGUUCAGGGCAGCUUCAUGGCAACCAUCGCUGAAGGGCUGACGCUGACUCAGGCCACUGGCCAGUUGCAGCAGACCUUCUUGGACAUUCUCUGUCAGGGGCAGAUGGCAAGCAUUUUCCUGGAUCAGAAAUGCCAAAAUAUUUUACAGGGGAACUUCAAACCGGAUUACUAUUUGAAACACAUUCAGAAAGAUCUUAGGUUAGCAAUUUCAAUGGGCGAUUCUGUCAAUCAUCCAACUCCAAUGGCAGCUGCUGCCAAUGAGGUCUAUAAGAGGGCAAAAGCAUUGGACCAGUCUGACAAUGACAUGUCAGCGGUCUACAGAGCCUACAUCCACUGAGCCAGUAGACCUACUUCAAACUCUGGACCAUCCAUCCCCCCCCCCCCCCCCCCUCCCUUUCCCAUAUUUUUUAACAAUGUGAUCUGAUUUCUGCCUGCCUUGGUAUUUCUUCCCACAAACAAUGGGAACUUCAAGCAGCCAAAUGUGAGCAUUGCACUGACUUCGCAAAAGAGCUAAAUGUAUAAUAAAAUUGAGGGUAUUCAACUUCUUUAAACGUGCGAGUUUAAAAAGUGUGUAAAUAUACACUUUGUUAGGUGGCAGUCAGUCUUAUGGGUGAAAUGAAUGCAGUGUGUUCUUUGUGAUUUUGAGUUUACCCACUGCAGUCUUAUUUGAUGUGUUUCGGUUAAGGUUUGUUUGUGCACAUCUGCACACAUUCAGUUUGUUUUGUUCAUAUAACUUACUUUGAAUGUCCAGAAUUCCUUAAAUUGGGAAAAUUGUUCACAAUACAAACAGCCCCAUGACAAUGCAAUUUCAAUGCCUUAAAGUUGUAACCCUUGACUAAUAGAUGUAUUUAUUUAUUUCAUUUUCUUGAGCUAUCAUUCAAUCAAUGCUUUUUGGCUAUACAUUUAUUGACCAUCCUGAAAAUGGGGGUAAAGUGACAAUUUAUGUCUUAGGAAUUUAGAGUAUUCCAAUGCCUUAAAAUGCAGUAUGUAUUUUUAUUUUACUGUAAGACGAUGCAGAGGUUAGUCCUGAACUGUGAAACUUCAGUGUCAUUGAUUUAUGUCAAUGAGUCAUUGUAACAAUCAGCUGCCAUAUAUUAAGAGGCAUGUUCAGUGUUUCUAGGCUUACAAACCAUCAACUUUUACUUGUGAAUUAAUUUGCAAUUUGUUUACCUGUGGUUCAUUCCAUGGCAAAAUGCUAUCCAGUAACAACAAAUCAUCUCACUGUAGUGAUACAGUUAGCAUGAUUUGAAACCAGUUAGCGACUUAGAAUUUCUGGUGGUAGAGGCCUAUGAUUAUUUAAUGCAGAGUGUAAAGAGCAGCUAAACGGAGAAUGAUCAUUUGUGAUUCAUUUUUAAUUAGGGACCCCCAUCCUGCUGCCUUUAUGGAUUGAAAAAUAUCCAUGACCAGUUUUAUUUUAUUUUAUUAUAGUACGCUUUAUUUCGCCUUAACAUUUUCUGAUUGCGAAGAGUGAAGACUGCCAGAGGUCGAGUUUCAGGGAGGAAAGGCAGUGGGUAAAUUUUUCCACGGUCAAGGUAACUAACACUAUUUUAUUUUAUGAAAGCAAUAGUUGCUUUCAUAUUAAUUCAUUAAAUUUUAUGGAAGAUUAAUUUACUGGCAGAAUAAAUUAUGCGCAAAUUGUUAUGCUUUUAGCCCUUUUCAUUUGAGUAAAUAUUGUUUGAGAUGUAAUUUAAGGAAGUUUGAGAAGAUUUGAAGUGUUUUAAAUGUGCAGACCAUUUCUUUUUUUUGGCACAAAUCCUUUUUACGGAAAAUUACUUUGCAUGUCAAAACUGGUCAAAAUUACCCCACUUCUGCUUGUUUCAAUAAGCAUUUUCUUCUACCAAAUACAGAUGUGAAUUGCUUGUUUAUGGCUGUUCCAUAGAGCUGUGUAAAAAACAAAACUUUUACUAAUUUAAAUAAGAUGUAAAUAGCCCAGUUACAGUCACGUGGCAGUAAUAUGCUGUUGAUUAGACUCUACUGAAUUUAUUAAUAAUUUAGUGUCCUAUUACUGUAGAUUGGUCUGUUAAGUGUUUGCACCGGGGUUUUGUUCCUGUUUUUCUUUUAUUGUAAAUUGAUUAUUGAUGUGUAGCACACAUGCACUCACAGAUCAAGUUUAAGGGCACGGAGAAGUUCAAUUGGUCCCAUUAAACUGUCGCUGUUUGGUUUGGGGAGUAUUUAUAAUUUGUUAUACCGUUGGAAAUGUCAAGGCAUUUUGUGUAUUUAAAUUAAGCCUUUGCUGAUUAAAGAAACAAAAUACUAAA